UUCAAGAUUUUAUGCUCCAAAGUUAUCAAUGUUGAAUUAUUUGAAUGUUUGGAUGUUGAAAUUGCAUUGAUUCUUUGCGAAUUGGAAAGAAUUUUCCCUCCAUCUUUUUUUGUUAUAAUGGUUCAUCUAUCAAUACAUUUAGCAUACGAAGCUAGAAUUGCAGGACCCGUGCAUUACCGUUGGAUGUAUCCAAUUGAGAGGUUUCUUCUUAAGUUAAAGAACUGUGUGCGUAAUAGACGUUAUCCAGAGGGUUCUAUUGCAGAAGGCUAUAUAGCAGAUGAAUGUUUGACAUUUUGUUCAAGGUACUUAGAUGACGAUAUCCAAACAAAAUUCAAUAAACCAGCAAGGAGUUUAGAUGGUCCUAUAGGAGAUGGAGUCAUGACAAGUUUGGAUCCUCUUACAUGGGAGCAAGCUCAUCGAUAUGUGUUAUUCAAUUCUGAAGCUAUCAAACCAUUUAUCAAGCAACAUGAAGAAUUUGUUUUCAGUCACAAUCGUCAAGGUUCAACAAGAAAAUGGAAUAAGGCUAAAGAUCAAUGUCUUACUUUUCAUGAAUGGUUUGAAGAUCGAGUAAGGAAUUUAGAUGUUAGUGAAGAUGUUAAAUGGUUGUCUAAAGGGCCAAAUACAGUUGCGAGAAGAUUUUCUGCAUAUGCAAUAAAUGGCUACAAGUUUGUCAUUGAAAGUCGUGAAAGAAAAACACAAAAUUCUGGGGUUAUGGUUGUUUCAUCUACAAUCAAGUUUAGAAGCAAGAAAGAUGAACAUCCGUUGGUAGAAAAUGUUACCUACUAUGGAGUUUUGAAAGACAUAAUUGAAUUGGAUUACUAUGGACAUUUCAAGUUUGUGUUGUUCAAAUGUCAUUGGUUUCAAAUUAAACAAGAUGGUUUUGGUUUGGUACUCAUAAAUUUUCGAAGGUUGAUCUAUGAAAAUGAUCCUUUUGUAUUUGCAUCUCAAGUAAAGCAAGUGUAUUAUACAAAAGACCCAAAUGAUGAUUGGCAUGUUGUUACUAACACCACCCCUAGAGAUUUGUUUGAUAUAUAUGGGGAUCCAGAGAAUGAAGAUGUGGAAAAGCACUUGGAUGAUCAAUUAAGAAGUCCAAUGUUUGAUCAAUUUACGGUUAAUGAAGAUGAAAAUAUUUGGUUUAGGGAUGAUGUACCUGGAACAACCAUUGAUGCAAGUUUAACAGAUGAAGAAGAAACAAGAGAAGAACCUAGACAAGAGUCACUUGAUGAUUGA